GCCGUUUGAGAGCCGGGGAUGCCGGGCGUCGGACUGACGCGGCCACAGCGCCGGCGGCCGCUGCGGAAGCGGCCAUCGGGACGGCGAAAAAAAGCAAUAGCACGCGCCGAAAUUAUUUUAAAAAAAGCUGAAUAUCGCGGGCGGCGGAGUGAAGAGCGCUCAUCACGACUGUCAGUAGAACUAUAAAAGGACUAAUGUGUAUUUUUUGUGCAUCUAUUUUCGCCGUUAAUUUGCAAUUAGCGCGGCGCAGCGAGUGAGCGGCCGUCGCAGCAGGCAGGUCCGCGGCGCAGGAGGCCGAUUGUGAGAUGGACCUUCAGAUCCUGUGCGCGCGGAGAGUGAACGAAAACAACCACCACCACCACCACCACAGCUCGGCAAACGAAAUGAUUUCCAGUUCCGGCUCCGGCAGUGCCUCCCCGCUCAAACUGCCCUCCCUGGUGCCACCCGCCACUGGGAUGUGGUUCCAGGACCAGGCUAAGCUGCGCGAGAAGCCUCCAGAGGGCAACCCCUCCGACUCGGCAGUUAAGAGCCCCCAGUCUCCGCCUUGGUUCCCUCAGCAGAACCACCAACCUCAGCAGCAACCUUCUAAAGACCUGCGCGACGCCAAGCCUAACGGCAACAACGGUUCUGUCUGGUUUCAACCAGAAUCUCAGGAGGACUCUACAAAUGUGAAUGUUGUGUCGACCAACGACUCAGCGGCUGACGAUUCAGAUGAAGAUGACGACAGCGGCGGCAUGACGAAUGAGCCCGUGGACACGACCCCCGAGGCAACAAGCCACAACCCAGCACCGCCAGUGAGCACCCACGACACACUGCCACCUCCAGCCACCUCGAUGAUGGCGCCUUGGUUCCUGGCGCAGAAGGCCAAGGAGUCGAUGGUGAAGCCACCAGAGCUCAACAUCCCCACUGCCCAGCACCACCACGCCAUCUCCAAUAUUUCAAACAUGUCUUGGUUUCUGGGCAACAAGGAAACACCAAACAAGUUGCCGCAUGAGAGCAACAAUAAAAUCUCCGAGCACAACGCGGGCCCAUGGUAUUUGGGCCAGCACAAAAUAAAUGUCAACAAUUCUGAGCACAACAAGGACCAGUCGAGUCCAAACAAAGAGGACGAAGGGCCUUGGUUUCUGGGGCAGUCAAAAACCUCAGAUCCACCCCACAAGCAAUCAAAUGGCUGGUUCCAUCACACGGACAUCAAAGUGGAGCAAGACACGGACACGAUGGACAAGCGGCAGGAGGACGCGGUGAAAAGCGGCUGUGUCUGGUUUGGUCACGGUUUGCUCAAGCCGGACGCAGACAGCCAGAGGCAGGACAACCUCUCUAAGAUGAUGGGUGCUUGGUUCAGCAGCAGUCACAUGAUGCGACCAGACAUGGUCAAACAGGAAGCAGGCACCGGCAUGCAUCCUUCAGGGUUCUGGUUCAUUCCUGGAUCAUCUGCCUCAGCAAACUGCAACGGCGGCGGUGCAAACAUGACAGCCGCGCAUGGAGGUGGCAAACUCUACCAGUGUGAUCUCUGCCAGACUCAAUUCCGGCAGCGGGAGAGGUUGCGAGAGCACAGGCGAAUACAUGCCCUUGGCGAGACGCCUCACACGUGCACCAUCUGCGAAAAGGCGUUCACGACGGCCGCCGCUCGAGAGUGCCACGCCGCCGUGGCCCACCUCAACGGGGCUGGGCAUCCACCUGGGCCGUGCAGGUUUUGUGAGGCGGGCGACACGCAGCACUUGGAGCAUAUGGCCAUGCACAAUCACGACGGCAGCCUGCAGCCACCGCUCAGGAGGCAGGGAGGCGGCAUCAGGAGACCUGGUGGACCUGGCGGCUAUGAGUGCAAGAUGUGCGGCCUACGCUUCCCCGACGGCCCCUCCCUGACCGACCACGUGGACCAUCACCCUGGAGGGCGGCCGCUGCUGUGCCGGCUGUGCUGCAAGACAUUCAAAAGCAAGCUCGGCCUGGAGAACCACACGCGGCUGCACACUGGCGAGCGGCCCUUUGAAUGUGGCGAGUGCGGCGCUCGCUUCCCGCAGCGGGCGGCGCUGGACUACCACGUCAAGGGACGGCACACAGGUGAGAACCACCGCACGUGCGGCCGGUGCGGAAAACUGUUCCGCUCCACGCCCGGCUACAACAAUCACAUGCGGCUGCACGCGGUCCGCGACACGGCCUCAGUCAACAACAACGCGGCCGUGGUGGCAGCGGCCGCCGUGGCCGCCGCCGGCGUCAUGGCCGGCAGCGCGGUGUCCGCGGUCAGCGACGCGGUCGGUAACAUUCUAAGCGGAACGGGAGUGCCGACGCCCGUGGUCGGUAGCAAUAAGGAACACCAUCCUCACUAGUGCGUAGCCAGCCGCCGUUGAUGCAGGCCUCCCUCAGACGGCCCGCUCACACACACUCUCUUACACCACACACAUACACACACGGACACACACACACACACUUGCUGCUGUUACGUUGCCAAAUUGGAUGUUGAACUCCAGAGUUCAGCCCAGCGUGGUCCAAAGUUAAUAAAAAAUGCAAUGUUUUUGUUGGUGGAACUCUUAAUUGAUUAAAUUGUGCGUCGUUAAAGACCUUUAUGAAUAGAAUGAAUUUAAGUGAAGAAGGAACCUGGUUGUUCAUCACCGUUUUCGGUGGUCUAAAGAAAAAGUUUAUUUCAAAUUAUUUGAAAUUAGAGAAGAUUUUUUGCUGAGAUUCCUCCAAAAAAUUUUGUAAAAGGCAUAUUGGUGAAAAACAGUCUUGAUAUUAAAAGUAGAGCAAAAAUUAGGAAAGAAUAAUCUAUCUCAGAAGAAAUGUUUAAAUAAAAACCGGUCAUUGUGUUUCGUUGUCGCCGUUAACAUGCAUUUAUUUUCCAAAUAAUUUCAGCCUACAUCUGAAGCUCUAUUUCAUGGCAAACAUAUUAAAUUAGUUUCUGAAUUUUAUGUUUUCAUAUCAUGAUAUUAUAUUGCUUCAGAUUUUAGUUGGCAAAUAACUUGGAUGUUCUUUGCAACGCGAAAACACAAUGGCUGGUUUUUAUUUCAACGAUUACAUUUAUGCUUAAAAGUGUCAUUCCACAUAAUUUGAAUGCACCACUCUGGGGUCUACUCUGAUGCUCUUGUGAAGAUGCACAAGCUCAACGGAGGUGCCCUGAUCUGUGCUCGCCCUUCCUUUCUUCGCUUGUGAUACAAAGAAAUCGAAAUCUUUGAAAUCUGAUAGUCUGGUAGCUUGAAUUGUGAUAACGCUGAUACGAAUCUUGGAAUCUAGUGCCUGAAUGUCUAAUGAUAAUGACGUGGAAAUGGUGAGAAUGCUGGACGAUCUUCCACUGCCUGCGAAAGUAUCUGGGUCCUAAUUGUGUAAUGGAAUAAACUCGCACUAGCAGCAAGGGAUGCGAUGAUUCGUCGGCUCUUUAGCAAAGAAUAAUCGUUAAGUUUUGUAAAUUGUCAGGCCGACAAUUUUGCACAUCCCUCUUUCAUUCUUCUUUAAACUUGUAAUCGGAAUUUCCUCCUGAAGUUCUACAAAAGCACAGAUCGGAGCACCUCCGAUUUGAAAAAUCGUUUCCUCCGUCUGACGCAGUUUGUGAAAUUUUAAUAUCGAUUCAGAUUUGUGUACAGGGAUGUACAGUUUACUUGAUUGCGUACAUUUGCUCGAUCACUGACACAUAAAUAACACAAAAACACACACUCAGCCGCAAGCUCAUGCUAAAAGUCGACUUGCGUACAUAUUGAUUCCUCAAGUUUUUAACACUCGUCUAGAGUCUGCUGAUGUUGUUAACGUGUUAAGCUAAUGAAUUUCUUGAUUUAUUAAAGAGUAAUGAACCUAUAGAGUAAUCGAUAAUUAGUUCCGUAAACUGAAUAUAAUUUCGAUUCAAAGAACAGUACACUCUAAAUAGAAGCAAACAGAGUAUAGAGUUAAUAAUUAUUAUUGAGAAGUGGGCUGCGAUGUGAUGACCAGGCGACGAGAGUAACAAUUGGUUUGAAACUCACGGUUUGCGGCGUUUUCCAUAAAUGCGGUUGUAACUAACACACACAAACAUAAAACACGACUUAUUUAUUCUUCAUGAUCUGAUAUGUUUCUUUCGUUGAGACUGGGUUUGAUAAUUUCUCUGCUGAAGUUUCUGUGUUUGUUGGAUUUUGUUAGCAUUUUCCUCCCGAUGUACAUACAAGGGGGUUUUCCAGGUUCUUUUCCGCUUGUUUGUUUUAUUUUUCAUUGGAACCGAAGUUACCAGUUAGGAGCCUUAUUUCCUUGCUUGUCAGGUGCAAAGAGCAAAGUCCUGGAAAAAAUACCACUGACACCCCAAGUGUACAUUUAAUUGGACAAUAAUGAACGCUAGUUAAUUUUUUUAGGUUUCUCCAUCUUGCGCAAGUUCAAAAUUCCAACCAACACGAGAAAUCGAAGUACUUUUCAUCAGUAAACCCCUUUCUUAGACAGCAGGUAACACAAGUUGAAUUGCAUGACUGGAAUGGUAAAAUCCCUCUAGUUACGAGAUCAGUAAAACUGCAGUCAUUAUCAAACCCUAGUCUCUUGUCUCUGAAAAACAUAAAACUACUUGCUGUGCUGAAAAAUUCAAUAACAAUUACGCUGUGUAUACUAUCAUAAUUAGCAUACUACUAUCGUUUUGUGCAAAAGUCCUUGGAUUUGUAAUAUUAUUUUUCUUUUGAUUUAUUGACCAUCAAUGUUUUUGUCACGAUGUAAAUUUUGUUCCUCUAAGAUGGAUGUUGCAAAAGCAAAACGACUGAAUUUUAUUUAAAAAAAAUUGCGAUUGGAAUAAUGAAAUUAAGUGCAAUAAAGACUGCAUAAGAGUAUGGAAAUUUUAAAUACGGAAAGAUUGAUUGUGAAACUCUUUUGUUAAAUGCGGCGGCGGUGAUGGUGACUUGCAGCAGUAGUGAUUUUUUUCUACCAUUGGCAAGCUUUACAAUUUCUAGUUGACGUUAUUUACGUUUUGAAAUUUUCCCUUUUUGAGCAUUGUGCUGUGUACAUUUUUUUACUAAUUUUUAUUGUUUGAUUUUGUAUACUGUCUUCCCUCCUAAAAAGAGCGCACAAGCGGAAAUCUUAUGCGCUACUCUUGAUGUUCCUCGAAUACAGCGAAUUGAGAUCUCUAUCGAUGUCCCUAAAUUUGUGUCAUUUUUACCAUGGGAAGUGCCAUUUAAAUUUAUUUGAAAAGUGUAACAUUAUGCUGACAGUUUUUGCUGUAACCUUUGUUCCAUGCGCGAUUUUAUACUAAAAAGUUGCAAGUCUCAUUCACUGUAACUCUCAAAGAAAUUUAUUAAAAAAUAUAAUAUACAAAAAUGUGUAUGUUAUUUUGUUAUCUGGCAAUUGAUUAUUGAUGGAGAUGAGUGUCACUCAUGGCGAACUUGAAACUCAUUUCAAAGUAUUUCUAUAUUCUGCGCUUGUAAUAAACGGAGAGCCUUUUAAUUUCCACGGCCAUAAUAUGUACUUUGUCAUAGGAGAAAAUACGUAAAAAAGUUUGUAUAACACCGACACUUUCCUCCUCCUCCUCCUUCUCCUCCUCUUUCUCUAUCUCUAUCAACUCAUUGAUGUUUUGCAGUUGAAAAUGCAUUAUUAUUAUAUUGUAUUUUUGAAUCAUCGGUUGCGCUGACGCUUGGAAUAAGAUUUGCAAAAAUCUGUUAUAUUAGUAAUGAGAUGGAUCUGCCGCGAAAUUACGAGAAUCUUGAGAUAAAAAAGAGAUCUUUUACUGAAAAUAUAACAGGUGUGUGUAUAUAUUCUGAGAGAUGUUGGAACGAGAAAGUAUCAAUAAAAACUCGACCUGUUACAAAGCAGAACAAA